AUGAGUGCCACAUUAUCAACUCAAUCAUCAGGAUAUUUUUCUCGCCCUCAGUCUACCUCUCCAUUCAAAAGAAUUCACAAUUGAUCAUCCCACGCUAGCUCCUCCAAACAUAUUCAGCCUGUCGAAAAAACUACAAAAUCGUCUUCCAAAAAUUUAAAGCAAGAUUUCAACGAUGAUUUAUCUUCCGACAAGCCACUUAGCGAAGCAGUUAUGUUAUGCCCUAAAGAAAUUCUAGAAAAUGAAGAAGAUAAUUCAGAGAAUCCUAAUGUAAAUUAUUUUUUCCAGAAAGGCAAAAAGCUAAGAAUUAAAGGCGAUUUUUUUAACGCUGUUAAAAGUUACAAAAAGGUCCUUUCAUUUGAUGAAGACCAUUUUCCAAGCUUAAUCAACUUAACUUUCCUAGGUUAGGAAGCAAGAUAUUUGUUAGUUUUAAAAAGUUAUAUGAUUAAAAUAUAUAUCCAAAUUUGCAAUAGAUAUGCAUAUUUAAUUUAUAAAAUUUUUGUUUUAGGAUGCAAGCUACCUAUAUUGAAAAUAUUAGCUAGAGAUCUCACUAUAAUAAUCAUAACUUAUUUUAUCAAAAUAUUAUUUUUAAAAACAAUUUUUUCAUAAAAUAAAUUUAAUUUCGAACUUUUCCAAUAGUUUUGCUAGCUAAAAAAGGUGAGUUAGGAAUUUGCUAUUUAAAGUUGGGAUUGAUAACUGAAGCCAUCUCUACAUUUGAUUAUGCAAUAAAAAUAAAUGAAAAUUCAUUUAUUCCUUAUUUUAACAAAGCCCUUGCACAUAUUUAUUUGCAGCAGUACAGUGAAGCUGUUAAAUGUAUGAACAAUGCAUAUAUAAUAUUAAAUGACAAAGCGCCUGAAGAGUUAUUUAGAAUAAGAGCAUUAGCUUUAUACCGGUCUGGUAAAAUUGCUGCAGCAUUAGACGACAUUCAAAGAAAUCAUACCCCUUUAAAGCCUAAAAAUUCCCAAAUAGCAAGUACUUCUAUAGAAAUAGAAGAGAGAACAUCUAAUGAAAAAAUUAAUAAAAGCGUCAGAACAGAGCACGUAGAAAAGGAAAGAAGAGUUAAUAGAUCUUUUGACCAAAUUUAUGAAAAGCCAGUAAUCUGGAAAAUCCCACAUACAAUUAAAGACUUUGACACUAGAAGAUUAAAUACAAGGUCAGUCACCCCAAGCAUGAAAUCGCCGAUGAGGAAUAGAGAAAUAAAAACUGUGACAAGGCCACAAACAAGGCAAAAACCUAAAUUUUUCUUUGAAAGGAGAACUGAAAAACGGAAAAGCACAAUCCAAAAUGUAAGUCCUCGGGUAUCUAUAAAACAGUCUGAAAUCCAUAGCCCUGCGAAUUUUGAUAAAUGGUUUUCACCUAUAAAAGUUCCUGAAAGCCAAGCAGAGCUCUUAAAAGAAGACGCUUCAGGCUGCUUCCAUAAUGAUUUAUCAUUUUCCCAAAUAAAAGAAAAUAUUUUAAGAAAUCACGAAAUUCAUAAUAAAAUCCAAGAAAAAUUCAGCUUGCUACAAAUUAAGCUUGAAGAAGACGCCAAAAAGCAAGUCGCAAAAUUAAAUGAUGAUUUUCUUCCUUUAUUAACUAGCGGACUCUCUGAACAAAAUAUCCAGUCAAUUAAAAAAGAAUAUUUAAAAGAAAAAUCAAAGCGAAAUUUCGAAGAAAUCGACCAAAUAAUCAGAAAUUUGAAAUUUUUUGCAAGGUUUUCGAAAGAAGUAAGAAUAAGCUUGUUGAAAAUUUCUGAACUACAUCAUUAUCAUUCAGGAAUGGUUAUUUUUAAGCAAGGAGAUCAAGGGGAUAUGAUGUACGUGAUCGUUAGAGGGUCUGUGUCUAUUGAAAAAACUACAGAGGAAUUUGGCAAUCAAAAUAUUGUUGUUAAUUCUCUUUAUGAUGGGAGUCAAUUUGGAGAGCUUGCAUUGAUAAAUAGUAUUAGAUCAGAAGGACAAGUUAAUGAAAGACUUGCAACUGUUAUUACAAGUGAACCAUCAGAGUUGAUAAAUAGUAUUUAAAUGAAUAAAUCCUGCUAAUUAUAAGAAUUAAUAGAAAAAAUUAUUUAUAUUAUAAAUAUGAUCCAAUUUACUCAUGAAGAAUAUCAAUUCCCAAGCUCGAGUAUAACAGAAUCCUUUUAAAUCAGCUUAAAAGCAAUAUGGAAGCCAAAAUCAUGUUUUUAAGCAAGCUUCCUUUAUUUAAAGGAGUUGAUCCAAUCUUUUUAAUCCCAUUAGCAAGCAAUAUUGAGCCAGUUACCUACGACUUCAACGAAGUAAUUUUAGAAAAAGGCGAGCAGCCUAAAGGUCUUUAUAUCAUUAUGAAAGGUAACGCUGCUGUUAUUACAGAAGGAUACUCAGUCAAAGACCGUACAGGCAGCGAAUUUGCCAACGUCAAAAUAAGAAAACCAUCCCCUAAGCCUUUCUAUAUGGGAAAUAUCAAUCCUCCUGAAAAAGAAAUCAAAAAUAAAGACCCUCAAGUAGACCCUAUAGAAAGACUAAUAAAUAAAGAAAUUAACGAUGCAGACGACAAAACCUGGGUAAAAAUCAACAAAUUUGUAUCAGAAGCCGACAAAGAAUUAAUUGGAAAAGAAAAAUAUUUAUAUAAAGACAGAAUUUUAUUUGCAGCUUUACAGACAAAUGACUUCUUUGGAGGAAGAUCUCUAAUUGAAGGGGAAGUUCUCCACAAUACAACGACAGAUUAUAGCAUUGAAGCAAAAAAAGUUUCUAUAGAGCCUUCAAAAUUUUCAGUGGUAAAUUAUAUUUAGGUCGCUCAGUCUUCGUCGUGUGAGGUUUUUAUUAUCACCAAAAAUCAAGCUGGGUAUUUAAAUGAAAAAGUAGCUGACCAGAUGAAAACUAUUAUACAGAAAAGCUAUGAAGUAGACUGUCCGCCAGAGAUUGACCCAGAAGUUAUGGAUAAGUUAUUUACAAAAUGGCAACAAUUCAGGGUUGAUUUAGUUGAAAAUAUUAGAAGAAAUAAUUAUGUGGAUCGAAGAAGGGCCGGUUUCCCAUUUGUUAGAGCUUAG